GAUUGUGACAUACUACCUGGCCUCUCGGAUACCAAAACAUCGAACAUAGACUAGCCAUGACAUCUCCACUCGCCCAAGCUAAUUCGAUCGCCGCCUCGGACCCAUCACAGGCCGAACAGCUCUACAAGCAGAUCCUGAAGGACAAGGCCGCCAACGAUGAACAGCUGCGUGAACAGGAGACGGCUCUGCUCAAGCUCGGAGGGUUGUACAAGGCAGCAGGCAACUCGGAUGCCCUGGCUCAGUUGGUGACAGACUCGAGAGAUUUCAUGGGGAGCAUCGCCAAAGCCAAGACGGCUCGACUUAUUCGAACCCUGAUCGACUCGUUCCCCGCGACUGAAGAGGGAAGGAGCAAGCAGAUGACCGUCCUGCAGGACAAUAUCUCGUGGGCGACCAAGGAGAACCGGGUCUUUCUCCGUCAAAGCCUCGAAGUCAAGCUCGUCGGAUUGCAGUUGGAGACGAAAUCAUACCGACCGGCGUUACAACUGAUCGAAUCCCUCUUGAAGGAACUGAGAAAACUGGACGACAAGAUGAUCCUCACCGAAGUCCACCUGCUCGAGUCCCGAGUGAACCACGCGACCAAGAACAUGCCGAAAGCCAAGUCAGCCUUGACCUCGGCGAGGACAGCGGCGGCUUCGAUUUAUUGUCCACCUCUCUUACAAGCUCAAUUGGAUUCACAGUCCGGAACGCUCCAUACCGAAGACCGGGAUUACAAGACUGGAUACUCGUACUUUUUCGAGACCUUCGAAGGGUUUGCGGGACAGGAUGAUGAUCGGGCUCUGCCCGCGCUCAAGUACAUGUGUCUGUGCAAGAUCAUGAUGAAUCUCCCGGAUGACCUCGCACCGAUCUUUACGAUGAAGCUGGCGCAAAAGUACGAGAGCAAGAAGGAUUUGAAGGCGAUGCAGGCGGUUGCCAAGGCGCUCAAGGAUAGGAGCCUUGAAGCCUUUGAAAAGAACCUGAAAGAUUACACGAGCGAAUUGCAACACGACCAGCUUAUCCGGACUCAUCUGGCUCACCUAUACGACACGCUCCUUGAGCAGAACUUGGUCAGGGUGUUGGAACCGUAUUCGGUCGUCGAUCUCGCCCAUGUAGCACAGGAAGUCGGUCAGCCGGUGACGAGCGUUGAAUCCAAGUUGAGUCAGAUGAUCCUGGACAAGGUGUUCCACGGAGUGCUCGAUCAGGAGAAGGGAAGACUGGUCGUCUACGACGAGCCUGUGGAAGACACGACAUAUGCAACGACGCUAGAGACGAUCAGGGAAGUCGGGACUGUCGUCCAGGGUUUGUACGACAAGGUAAAUCCUCCUUGAUGGCCGGUGAACGCUUACCUCAUCAAGCUAAUCUCGGCCAAUGAUUGUGUAGGCCACUCGAUUGACCUGAGUGUAACAGUAGCAUUGCAAUGUAGAUGAAACGGGCGACGUGGUUGUUUGUGUCUUGUGCACCGCCCUUUACGACUAUCGAUGAUAUGAAUCAAUUCGGAAAA